CUCAACGGAAAAUGAAGUUUGUCCAUGCUCAUUUGCCUUACCCAACGAGGUUCAAUGACAUUUCGGCUUUCAUAAGGAGAAAUAUUGAGCUUUGAAUAUAUAUAAAGCUCCAAUAAUGGCAUUAACGUAUGUUUUCAGAUCAAUCAGAACAGAGCUCUCAAAGGUAGGCAAGAAAAGGGUGCGCUGGCAUCCAGACCCCAGCAUCCUAUUUCUGGUUGUGCUUUCUGAAGCUGCUGUCAGCUGUUGAUUUGAAGUUAGCUAGCUUCCAGUAGCUAGCCUAGACAUUCAAAAGUGGCAAGCUAGCUAACUAGCUAACCACGUAUGGGACAAGAAUGUUAAAGUAUUCAAAAUUCUGCAGCUAGCCUUUAAGUGUUGUUGGCAACAUCACAGUGAAUUGAAAUAUCUUCCUAGGACCAGAGGUCAUCAUGGACAUUUGAUUUGUACCUCCGUUAGCAAUGAUGCUGACUUCACUGAAAUGCAACGUUAGCUAAUCUCUUUUCUUGUCCACCCCAGGUCUGCACCGUUCAUCAUGCACAGUCUUUACACACAGGAUAUCCACUUCUUGCUGCAGAGAAAGCUCUCCUUAUGAAACUACGCAAAAGCACUGGCUACACAUUCAUUAACUGCAAGAAAGCGUUGGAGAAAUUUGAAAAUGACAUCACAAAGGUAAACAUUGCUUCUUUCAGCACAGCUUUGCUUGCUGAGCAGGGCAGGGAUGGAUGUCCAAACUUGGCCCUGGAGAGGUGCCAAAUGUGCAGGAUUUUGUUCCAGCCCAACAAUAACAAAUAUGGUGUUAGUACUUUUCAAUCUGGUGAGUUAGUGCUGGGUUGGAACAAAAGCAUGCCCUGCAGUGCCUGCACACAUUGCAGGCAUCCUGGAUCAGGAUUGGGCAACCGCUGACUUAAAUGUUGUGUAUAUUUAGGAUAGUGUGUAUAUGUGUGUGUAAUGUUUUUCUCCAACCCAGGCAGAGAGCUGGUUACAUGAGCAGGCCCAGAAAGAAGGCUGGAGCAAGGCCAGCAAGCUGGAGGGGAGGAGGGCCAAGGAGGGGCUGAUCGGUCUGUUUGUAGGAGACAAAGCUGCAGUCAUGGUAGAGGUAAGCAGAUCUCAUUCAGUCAAUGAGAUCCUAUCACUCAUCCUCCUCGAUGCAGUCUGCAUACAAUAUUCAAGUUGAAUAAUACCUGCUAUGACAGUCAUCUUAAUUUGUUUAGUUUGAUAAAGGCUUUUGUGUAAAACUUAAAUAUGGUCAGAAGUAUUUGUAUCUCAAUGUCCUCCAUGUCUGUGUGUGUUGCAGGUGAACUGUGAGACAGACUUUGUUGCCCGUAAUGAGAAGUUCCAGCAGCUGGUGAAGGAUGUGGCGUUCGCCACCAUGGCUUACCACAGCAGUAAAAACAAGGGCCAAACUGGAUAUGUGAAGGUAUGACACAUCAUCACACCACCCCCACUCAGUAGCCACAUCACCCUAGGAUGCCUGUUGGAAUACGUAAAAUUGCAUUUAUCUUUUUUGGUUUCAGAGUCUCCUGGCAGCAGAGGACCUCUCUAAAUUGAACUUGGGUGAAGGUGCUUCUCUGGCUGAUCAGCUGGCCCUUACCAUAGGUGAAUGAGUAAUAAAAAUAGCCCAAACACAUUUGUAAAUUACAUUUACAUUUUUGUCAUUUAGUAGACUCUCUUAUCAUUAUUGAGAUGCUCUCAUUGAAUUUGAGCUUUAAUAACCUCUAACUGCAGCAUUUCUUGUUGCUAGGAAGCAUUUGGAAAUUGAAGACUGCUCUGUUAGUGAAGUAAUUUCCUGUCCCGUCCCCUGUCAGGUCGUCUGGGUGAGAACAUGUCAGUGAGGCGGGCGGUGACGGUGGGCGUCCCUGCAGGUUGGCACAUCGGCUCCUACAUCCACGGUGGUGUGGCGGUCCAGUCUGAUAUGGCCAUGGGGCGAUACGGUGCCCUCGUGGUGUUCCAGGGGGGCAAGGACGGGGCGCAGGACACCCUGGGGAGGAAGCUGGGGCAGCACGUAGUGGGAGAGGCCCCCGUAUCCCUUGGCAACAUGGAUGACCUGCCCUGUGGGGACGCGGAGACGCGCCUGCUGCCCCAAUCUUUCCUCCCUGACCCUAGUAGGACAGUGGCCCAGUACCUGACGGAGCAGGGGGCACGAGUUCUUGACUUUGUUCGCUUUCAGUGUGGGGAGGCGGGCAGUGAUGGGGCACAGUGAAGGGUAGAGGAGAGCAUCUGAUACCUUACAAGUCAUGUUUUGUUAUCUGCCUUUUAUUUGUUUCUGAAUUAGGCCAGAGUGCAGACAGUCAAGUCGAUGUCAUGCAAAUGCAUUCAACCAAUUUCAAUGUUUUCAUGCCGUAUGUGAUAAGUCUAAUAUAUGUGUACCAAAAUGACAUAUGCUGCAGGAUGAAUGAACUGAAUCCCCCCAACAAUAAAGAUAUUUUAAACUUUAGA